GCCCAAGGACAGAUCACUGGAGGAGAUUAACCAGCACGUUCCUCAGGAAAGUGCACACGACCCAAGCCCAAGGAUGUUCGCUCUGUUUUUGCUGGGCCUGGUCUCUCUGAUCUGCACCAAUAAUGGUGCUCUUCAGAGGUAUCUCGUAGCGCCUUCUGUACUAUGUUAUAAAUGUAAGAAAUUUCAUCUUGGGUUAUGCUAUGACACCAUGGACUCCUGCCACCUGAAGUUCCAGCAGUCCUGUGCCAUCGAGAACGUUUACAUCCUCACAAAAAAAGGGCAGAGUAUAUACUAUUAUUCAAUACUGUCGUGCAUGACCAACUGUGAGGACGUCAACUUCUUGGGUUUUGAGAAGAGGACAGAGCUCAUCUGUUGCAACCAUAGUAACUAUUGCAACCUUCCCGAGGGAUCCUAGCUCUGCGUCUCUCCUGGGUUUGGGGUCAUUCUUCAACUCCCCAUUCCCUUUAUUCCCUCCCCACAGACCUUAUUUUGCUGUCCUCUUCUAACUAUGGCAGAGAGUGAG